AAAUCUAAGCGAAAUGACGAGAAUAUUUUAGCUGAUGUUCGUAAAGAAAUGUGCGUUAAAAAAAUAGCAGAAAUAUCUUGUUGACAAUUAUUAUAAAAUGCAAAGUUUUAUUUACAAAAUUAUUACCUAUUUUUAUGUCUUGAUAUAUGUUGAACAAGCGAGUCAAACAAAUUUACUAUGUCUAAAAGUAACGUCAAAAUGAUCCUUGUGAUCAGUACUGAUUUAGAUUCAGAUGAAUACUUUAGUUUUAAAGUUGAGAUGCAAAAAAGGUACCCUUGUUAUGCAGAUAUUAAAAGCGUGAAAAAUCUUUACCCAAAUAUACCUAAAUAUGCUGAUAAACUUUUUAAAGCAAUUCAAGACCGUCAUGCUGUAGUUGUAAUAUGUUCGGAGGCACUGAAUAAUUAUUUAAACGGAGGAAAAGCCGAAAACUGUGAUUUACUAAAAGAAUAUGAAAGAAUAAUUUUAAAAAAAGGAUUUAGUGAAUAUACCCGAAAGUUCAUUCCAGUAUCUUUUGACGAAAGCGGUAAAGAAUUUGUACCUUUCGGUUUAAAGGAACCUUUACUUAUUGAUCCGGAAGACGGAGACAAUGACAAUAUGUGUAUUCUAGCUGGAAAUAUUAACUCAAAAUAAAACUUGUAAAAAUGUUAAUUUUAAUUUAAUUUAUUUUAAUAAUCGAAAAGAAAAUAUUUUUAAAA